GUUUUAACGAAGUUAUGGAAGAAAUUUCUGAUAUGCACACUGAAGCUGCAGUUUAUCUUAAUGAGAUACCUCCCGAGACAUGGACUCUUUGUAAAUGUUCUCGAAAUAGAUUUGGACAUCUCACUUCUAAUGUAUUAGAAUCAUUUAAUUCUUGGUUACAUGAUGAAUGUCUUACAGAACCGUUUGAAGCAAUUAUUUUGCUUAUAUGUAAUGUUAACACACUCUAUUACAAUCGCCGCACAACAUAUUUCUCAGUAAAGACAAUUUUACCACCAACUACUACUCGACAACUUCAAUCUGUUAUUGACAAAUGUCACAACAGAAUGGUGUAUCAAACUAAUGAAUUAGUUUUUGAAGUAAAGAGUAAUGACAGCAACUUUCGUGUUGUAGAUCUUGCCUCAUUAACCUGCACUUGUCAACAAUUUCAACAAUACCGAUUUUCUUGUAUCCAUGCUUGUGCCACUAUACUUAAAACUCACCAACAGCCAUCACAAUUUACACAUUUUAUAUACCACACUGCUACUCUUCAAAAUGUUUAUAAAGAGUCU